GGACAACGUACUCAACUAGGAAUUAUGCGUUACUGUCGGCCUGAGUGGGAUGUGUAGGGCAAAUAAAUACAGUAAGAGUUUACGUCAGGUGCGUGAGAAGACAUCAUCACUUGCAGCAAAACUUAUGGAAAGUAGGAUCUAGCUUUUUUUCUAUUUCUUAGGAUGCUUGAACUCGACAAUAACCUCCGCCAAUGCAAUAGAGAUUAUUAAAGCAUUGCAGUCUCUAACUUCUGAAAUUAUUUCUAUCCAGAAGGCUAUGUGUCUAAAUUGAUGAAGUCUUGUGAGAGGAGAAAGAAAGACCUGGAGAAUUUUCUUCCAUGUGAUAAUUAUACGGUUCACUGGUUCGAAAAAUAUGGGUUUGGACUCACUGCCUCCGUUCCUGUUAAGGUAAUACUGGAAGCUUUUAUACCUUUAGGAGGGUCAACAAUUAAUCAGGUUGCCUAGGCGGGCCGUGCUCUCUGUAGAAGAUUCAUCAACACGUCUGAGAGAGUUUAUAGCACAAGAUAACCUGGCAUCGAGUAUGGAGAAUGUUGCACUUUGUUUGUGCUUAUUGCGUGAACUGUACCAAGGAGACAAAUCAACAUGGAGAGAUUAUAUAAAAACAUUGCCUUUUGAGUAUUCUACAUUUCUGUAUAUGGACGUUGUGGAUCUUUGCCUCUUGAAGGGAUCGCCAGUUCUAGAAAAAAUUGUUUCAAACUAUUUGUUCAUUUGUCGCCAAUACGCUUACUUUUGCUGUCGCUUCAUUAAUAACCCAACGGUCUUUGAUAUCCCGGAUCUCGUCUUUUGUUUCGAUGAUUAUAGAUGGGCUGUGUCAACAGUAAUGAGUAGGAGCAAUUACAUACCACACCUUAACGGAAGAGAUAAAAUUAUGUGUCUUAUCCCGGUUUGGGAUAUGAUGAAUCAUAAAUCCGGUCGUGUUACAACACACUAUUAUCCUGAAGUAGAUGAAUUAAUAUUCUGUACAAUGGAGGCAUACAAACCUGGUGAUCAGAUAUUUAUGGACUACGGAAACCGUUCAAAUGAAGAUUUUUUCAUGUUCUCUGGUUUUAUACCUCAUGUUAAUCUGAACAAUAAGUUGACAAUAACUCUAGGUAUCAGUUCUUCCGAUUCUCUGGCAUUAACACGUAAACAAUUAUUACAAUCUUUUGGCUUAAAUGUUCCAUUGAAGUGUGAUUUGCGUGGUGAUAUUGAAUCCAUGACAGAAUUCCUCAUAUUUUCACGUAUUUUUUCUAUGGACAAAGAUGAACUUAAUAAAUAUCUAGUAGACUCUAAAUCGAAUCACACAAUAAUGAAACUUCAGUUGAGUAGUUUUGAGUUUAAUAAAGAAAUUGCCUGCGAACACAAAGCAUUAAGUUUUAUGAUUAAUCGCCUAAAAUUAUUAAUUGCUGCGUAUGGGACUUUACUGUUAGAGGAUACUCCUGAAUGGAAUCAGUUAACGUUAAUUCAACAGAAUUGUGAACGUCUUAAACAUCAUGAAGUUAAUAUUUUACGUUCUAGCAUUGAAAACAUUCAAAAUAUCUUGGAUAAUACUUACAACGUCAUCAAUAAUAACUUACUAUCUGUCUCUAUUAACCGUAACAGUGGAAAUGUAUGAUUUUUCCCCUUUGUUUGAGUUAGUUAUAAUUUCUAAAGCGAUUCAUGACUAUAAUUCUAUGUAAUUUGCUUGGCUUUUUUUCACAUAUUCAUAGUAGACAAAUUCUGUUUUUUUUUAAUAAGAUAAUUUUCCCUUCACUUAUUUUACAAUGUUUAAGUAGGUUAUAAUACCCGCUGUAGCUAAUUUGAAGCAUUUGUUAUCUUAUAUCACUAUCUCCUGGUGAAUCCUCUUUUGCUUCACUUUUUCUUUCUAUAUUUUAUCUUCUCGUUUGAACACUUUUUUUCAAUGUACUUUUUAUCUCCGUCGAUUUUAUAACCAUUUUAUACUUUUAUUGUAGAUAAAAUUAGAACGUUUCUUAAAUUGUUAUUGUAACGUAAAUUGUCUUCUUUAUCCAAUCCUCCUUUAAACAUAUUCAGAUAUGUGCAAGCUUUUGUAAAAUAAAAUAAAUUAUACAUAAAUCUGCA